GUCUCUUGGCAAUAUGUAAAGAGGCGAAAUCAAAGUUGAUCAACAAUUAAACACAAAAACCCUUAAGUUGACGUGGCUGUAUCUCUUCCAACUCUUAAAAAUCAAUUACUAUUAUACCCCUCAGAAAAAUGGCAGAGCGUGUGUCUCUCACACUCAACGGAACCCUCCUUUCUCCUCCUCCCACAACAACAACAACAACAAUGUCUUCUUCUCUCCGAUCUACCACCGCCGCUUCUCUUCUCCUCCGCUCCUCCUCCUCCUCCUCCAGAUCCACUCUCACUCUCUCCGCUUCCUCCUCUCUCUCCUUCGUCAGAUCUCUCGUCUCUUCUCCACGUCUCUCUUCUUCUUCAUCCCUCUCUCAGAAGAAAUAUCGAAUUGCGUCGGUGAAUCGGAGUUUCAACUCCACCACCGCCGCUACUAAAUCUUCAUCUUCAGAUCCUGAUCAGUUGAAGAACGCUAGAGAAGAUAUCAAAGAGCUUCUCAGCACCAAAUUCUGCCAUCCGAUUUUGGUUAGAUUAGGUUGGCAUGAUGCUGGUACGUAUAACAAGAACAUUAAGGAAUGGCCACAAAGAGGUGGAGCUAAUGGAAGUUUGAGAUUCGAUAUUGAGCUUAAACAUGCUGCUAACGCUGGUCUUGUGAAUGCUUUAAACUUGAUUAAGGAUAUCAAAGAGAAAUACUCUGGGAUCAGUUAUGCUGAUUUGUUCCAGUUAGCUAGUGCUACUGCUAUAGAGGAAGCUGGAGGACCGAAAAUACCGAUGAAAUAUGGUAGAGUUGAUGCCUCUGGUCCUGAGGAUUGUCCAGAAGAAGGAAGGCUUCCAGAUGCUGGUCCUCCUUCACCUGCUACUCAUCUCAGAGAAGUUUUUUACAGAAUGGGAUUAGAUGACAAGGACAUAGUUGCAUUAUCUGGUGCUCACACGUUAGGAAGAUCUAGGCCAGAACGUAGUGGUUGGGGGAAGCCUGAGACGAAGUACACGAAAGAAGGACCUGGAGCACCAGGAGGACAGUCAUGGACACCAGAGUGGCUGAAGUUUGAUAAUUCUUACUUCAAGGAGAUCAAGGAAAAGAGAGAUGAAGAUCUCCUUGUCCUACCCACUGAUGCUGCCAUCUUCGAAGAUUCUUCUUUCAAGGUCUAUGCUGAAAAGUAUGCUGCAGAUCAGGAUGCAUUUUUCAAGGAUUACGCUGUAGCCCAUGCGAAGCUCAGCAAUCUUGGAGCAGAAUUUAACCCUCCGGAGGGUAUCGUUAUCUAAUGGGGGCACAUAAUUUACUCAACCAGACUUAUGAUUUUAGAGAAACGUAGUUCAAUAAUGAAAGAGAAGAAAAAGUUGACGGAGAACUUUUCAUGCGAGUACUUUUCGAGAUACCUUUUGGACAAUGUUUCUGGCUGUUCAAAGGAUUUUGUUUAGCCGAAAGUAUUUGAUCGUUUUCAUGGUUUUGGGCUUUCAUGUUUUUUCUUGUAAUAAAUUGCGGAAGUGAUUAUUCAAAAUCUAUACAAAUUUUGUCUGGGAUUGAAUUAUUUUAUCGAUGUUAUAACUACACACCCUUGGUUUUGUAGCUCAAGAGUAGCGUUGUGCCCAAUUUAUCUGUCUUCUCGAAACCUUUCAGGGUUUAUGAGGAAAGAGGCUAGAUUUUCUCAGGGAACUAAAUGAAAAGAAAUGAUGUGAAUGAAAUUUGUAUAUGAGAUCAGAUCAAGAGAUUGAGGUUUACAAAGUGAUUUUUCUGUUAAGUGUCGUUUGGGUUGAACUUCCUCCUCCGAGAUUGGCGGUCCUUUAAUCUCUCUUUGUUGACUAUGCUUAGACUAUCUCCAAUGUAGAACUCUAUAUUUUUCUCUAUUUUAGAGGUGACUAUAUUUUAGAGUAAAUAUAAUUGAUUUUUCUCUAUUGUAUGACUAUAAAAUAGAGGAAAAGUUUAGAGAUUGCUCUUUUUUGCUGUAUAUAUAGACUUUUUCUGUAUUUUAGAGUUAACUCUAUUUUAGAGUUA